UUGAUAUUGGGUUUAUCAAAUUAUCCGAAUUAUUUACUCACUAAAAUGUCUUCCAUCUCACAGGCCAUUAAAAAUGCCCUUCAUCGGGGCAAGGGAGGUGCAAAGGGCAACGAAGAUACGAAAAAGGCUGCACCUGCCGCUCCAGCUGUCCCUCAACAUCACGCUAAAUCAGAUCCCACCGUAAUGGCUCAUCAAGCACACCAAGUUCCUGGAGGUGAUGCAUAUUCAGUUGCAAACGAAGACAAUAGAAACAGAGGAGCUCAAGCUGCAAAUCAAGCUGCACAUGCAGCAGGACAACAACAAAUGGCAGGACAAUCUAGCUCGACGAGGCAGGACGAGUUGGCAAAACUAGUGGCCGCCUCGAAUGAGAAUAACAACCGUUUACCAAGAUAUCCUGGACUUGAGAGAUGGUCACUUAUCGAGAAGAUGGGUGAUGGAGCAUUCAGCAAUGUUUACAAGGCCAAAGACUUAGAAGGGCAAGCUGGAGAGGUGGCCAUCAAAGUUGUCCGAAAAUAUGAGAUGAACUCCAAUCAGAGACAAAACAUUCUUAAAGAAGUUUCCAUUAUGCGUGGUCUAGAUCAUCCUAAUAUUAUAAAACUCAUCGAAUUUUCCGAGUCAAAACAAUACUAUUAUCUUGUUUUAGAGUUGGCACCUGGCGGAGAAUUAUUCCAUCAAAUCGUCCGCUUUACUUAUUUUAGUGAGGACCUAUCCAGACAUGUUAUUAGACAAGUUGCAGAAGCGUUACACUAUCUUCACGAAGAAAAAGGUGUCGUCCACAGGGACAUCAAACCAGAAAACAUUCUGUUCGAGCCAAUACCGUUCAUUCCAACCAAGAACCCGAGACCAAAAUCUGCUGAGGAUGAAGACAAGGAAGACGAGGGUGAAUUUAUCAAGGGUGUUGGAUCAGGUGGUAUUGGAAGGAUUAAGAUUGCCGAUUUUGGUUUGAGUAAAAUCGUAUGGGAUACUCAAACCAUGACACCAUGUGGUACCGUAGGAUAUACAGCGCCAGAGAUUGUCAAGGACGAACGAUAUUCCAAAAGUGUUGAUAUGUGGGCAUUAGGUUGCGUUCUUUAUACCUUGCUCUGCGGUUUCCCACCAUUUUACGACGAAAGUAUUCAGGUUUUGACGGAAAAGGUUGCUAGAGGUCAAUACACAUUCCUCUCGCCAUGGUGGGAUGAAAUUUCCAAGCCAGCACAAGACCUUGUCUCACACUUAUUAACUGUGGAUCCCAAAAAACGAUAUACAAUCGAUCAAUUCCUUCAACACCCUUGGAUCAAGGGUUCCGAGGAACCUACAUACGCAGCACUUGAUGCUCCACCAUUGGCUACUCCAGCCGUUGAACGCCAACGCCAAUUGGGUGGUGGCUUGCGAGCCUUCAACCCUGAUCUCCUGGAGUCUCCUGGAGCAGGCAGGCGUAUGGAUUUCCGAAGUCCCGGUGCUGUCAAUUUACGUGAAGUCUUUGACGUCGGUUAUGCCGUUCACAGACAAGAAGAGGAAGCCAAACGAAAGAAGAACUUCAAGCAAGGUUAUAGAGGAACUGCCGCCUUGAACCCCCUCAACCCCAUCGAUGAUGAAGAUUUCGAUGAGAGCGACGAGGAGAACUACGAUGAGAACGGAGUUCCUUCAAAGGCACCCAAAUCUGGGCAGUCAGAUGUUGCACAAGUCGGUGAUGCUUUGCGAAAUACAAAGUUGAAUCCAAAAUCCGCAGCCCCGGCUAAAGGUUAUGGACAGCAUAGUGCUCAGGUAACCGCAUCUGCAAAGCGAGAUAUCAAACCAAGAAAUGGCGCCUUCGAACUCAAUCUCGAUGGAGCAACUCUACUCGGUCGACGUCACAAACAACCACCGCCAAGUAAUCUGAGGGAGUCAAUGGUUGCGCAAUAG